AUGGAAGAUGGCGUAGCGCCCGUCUCUACAAUCGAGAAACCCCGACCUGAGAGUGAGGCCGCGGGCGCAGUCUCUCUUCGUCCUUCAACGGAGGGUAACCAACCCCCAGCUACUUAUUCGCGAGUAAGUGAUGUUGGAUUGUUACCAGUUGUUGUAGUAUUAUUGUUAACAUCCUCAGACACGGGAUUUGAAGGUUUGUUGAAGUGCGUCGGGGACGACGCUUGCAGCAACGACGAAUUCAACCAGGAUAGCAGGCGAAUCUGGAGGUCCUGGGAGUUCCGCGAAGUCGCGGUGGAAAUCGGAAAAGUGUUGUUCAGCCACGAGUCCAGGAUUCUCACCCCCGGCGGUGGUGCUGUCUCGCCCGGAGGCACUCAGCCUCCUGCGAGCCCACCAACCGGACAUUAUUCACAACACAGUCCGCCGCUUAUCAAGGUAUUUAUCAUCCUGGUUCUUUUUAACCCCUUCAAAGCUAAAAGCAACUUGUCCAACCUAUGUCAGGUCAGGAAUGUCAUUGUCCUGCUAAGAUUAAGUGGUCACGUACUUUUGGUGUUAGCGUUUGCUCAGAAACUGGCAAAAGAUCCUAAGGACUAUAAAUUAUGA